AUGAGUGCUAUAGACGAAGACUCAACAAGAGUUCAGUUACCAAAAAUUGUUGAAGAGCUGGAUUAUCAGUACAAAACUGUAAACUGGCUUAUUAAAACCAGAGAGCCAUUUUGUCUUGGAGAUGAUGUAAGAGGACAACUUCUAUCCAUCUUACGCAAACAAAGUGAAUUUUCACGGACGUUAUAUAAAGAUAGAGGGGUCUUUAAAGUUCCGUUUGAUGAAUCCAUUGUAUUUGAAGAUGACGGAUAUGGAGAAUAUGCUUUAGAUUGGUUUCCUCCAAGUGAUCAGUCAGUAAUACCCACCAAUAUUGUUAUCUAUGUUCAUGGAGGAUAUUGGCAGCUUAUUGAGUGGAAGGAAAGUAGUAAUUGGGCAGUUCCUGUUACAAAGGCUGACAGUAUAUUUGCCUCUUUGUCCUACAGAUUAGCUCCAAAAGAAAAGCUAGAUAUGAUGCCACAACGCCUAUGUUUGGGAAUGCAAAAAGUUAUGACUCUUACCCAUAAAAUGUUCAAAAACUUAGAUGAUACGAAGCUCCGCAUAACCCUAUUUGGACAUUCUGCUGGUGCACAGUUAGUCCUGGAAAUGAUAUGUUGGGCUCACAUGAAACUCGAAUCAAAUAAAGAUUGGCUGCGCUGUGUGCAAAACCUUGUUUUAAUGUCCGGAGUUUACGAUCUUCGACCGUUGAUUCACACUUACGCAAAUAAAGCAUUAAAGUUUAAAACAGAUGAGGAGGCUUUAUCUGUCAGUCCAAUCCGACACUUCAUGCAAGAUAGUCCAAAUCUAUUGCUCAAUAAAUCAAUGCAUUGGAUUGUUGCUUGGGCAGAAUAUGAUUCCCCAGCUAUGAAGGAACAAUCAGAAUUUCUAGUGGACUUGUUACGCAAUGCAUUACAAAAGAGUGAACAGAAUCCACCUUUGCAAUUUACUUAUGAGACGUUUUGUAUGUCCAAUGAAGAUCACUUUACAUCACUUCUGGGUUUGCAAGAUGGACCAGCUCACAGUGCAAUCCUGAAAAGAAUAAUCGAUCUCAUUAACACCAAGACUGUUUAA